CACGGUCACACUGUUGCUUGCCUGCAAAGCCAAAAAAACAAUACAAUGUUAUUUCAAAUAAACUAUUAGUUUUAAAAUAUCAAUUACCAGCAAGUACGCAGUGGAAAACCCUCUGCUUGGCGGAUAUAAGUGCAACAAAUUCGCAACGCGAGCAAUUGUGAAGCAGCCAAGAAAACCAGGCCCAGAACCCACCAACAACCAAACCAGCAAUACACACGAACACACACACACACACACGAACGAACGAGGAGCAGCAGCAGAGCGCCAGAAGAAGCGCCCAGAAGGAGCGUCCAGUCGGAAGGAGACGACAAAACACACACACGCAUAAAAAGCAACACAAAUGGCCGAUGGAAAUGGGCUGCCAGCAGGUGCAGCUUCCGGUGCAGGUGGCAUCAUUGAGGGCGGACAAACAUUGAAUUGCGGCGGCGUGGCCACAGCCAAUGUGGGCAAUCCAGUGGGUGUAGGUGUGCAGGGUGCAGGUGUGGGUGUGGCAAGUGGCAGUGGCAACAGCAGUGCCAGCAACAGCAGCUUAAGCAGCAGCAGUGGCGGUGGUGGCAAUGGCAGUGGCGGCCUUAGUGCUGUCAAUCAAGGAUAUCAUCAAUUAAGCGUGACAAUCGAGGAGGCAUCACUGCGCAACAAUGGCUUCCUCAAGCCAAAUCCCUAUGUGGAGCUGCUGAUCGAUAGCAAAAGUAAGCGCAAGACGGACCAAGUCAAGAAUAGCUAUCUGCCCAAAUGGAACGAAGAGUUUACAGUGCUGAUUACGCCCAAUUCCACGCUGCACUUUAAGGUGCUGGAUCAUUCGAGUUUCCGCAAGGAUGCCAUGCUGGGGGAGCGCAUCAUCAAUCUGGCCCACAUACUGCAGCACUACAACGGACGCUGCGAGUUCCUGGAGCUGACCAUCGAUCUGUUUGUCACCUCCAAGUCGGACAAUCGACAGACCAAAAGCGGCGAACUUGUGGCCAUACUGAACGGCCUGAAGCUGGACAUGAGCAAGCUGCAGUUGCAACAGAAUGGCAAUGCCGUCCAGGCGGUGAAUCCAGCCCUAAGCGAUCCAGCCGCCGCUGGCCGUAGCUGCAUGAUCUACGGCGGAGUGAGGGCCCGAAUGCGGCUGCGUUCGAGCAAUAGCAAUAGCAAUCCGGAGCCACUGGCCAAUCGUUCCCUGGGUCCGGGUCCGAAUGGUGUGGAUACUAGAGCGGCCAUACUAGGGCCACCCGUGUGGGAGCAACAGGCGCCACAACAGCAGCAGCAGCAGCAACCACAACCCCUGAGGAUGGUCAAUGGUGGCGGCGGAGGAGGAGCAGCGGCUGUGCCGCAAACAGCACCGUAUCCACAACAGCCGCCAGCACCCGUUGUGGCGCCGCCACCACGGCCCAUGACGCAGGUCUAUGCCAAUGGAGUGAUGCCAGAGAAUCCACCACAGCCACAGCCAGCUGGUGUGUACAUGCCAGCGGGCCCGGGAGUACCCAUGGAUACACAGCAACAGCAGCAGGCGGGCAUUGGACUUCCCGUCAGCCAGAGCACAGAUCCGCAGCUGCAGCCACAGCCGGCGGACGAUGAACCGCUGCCCGCUGGCUGGGAGAUACGCUUGGAUCAGUACGGGCGUCGCUACUACGUGGAUCACAAUACGCGCUCUACAUACUGGGAGAAGCCCACACCGCUGCCGCCCGGCUGGGAGAUACGCAAGGAUGGACGGGGACGCGUCUACUAUGUGGAUCACAACACAAGGAAGACCACCUGGCAGCGGCCGAACAGCGAGCGACUGAUGCACUUCCAGCACUGGCAGGGACAGCGGGCCCACGUGGUGUCGCAGGGCAAUCAGCGGUAUCUGUACUCGCAGCAGCAGCAGCCGACGGCGGUGACCGCCACGGUGACGCAGGACGAUGAGGAUGCGUUGGGUGUGCUGCCCGAUGGCUGGGAGAAGAAGGUGCAAUCGGACAAUCGUGUGUACUUUGUGAACCACAAGAAUCGCACCACCCAGUGGGAGGAUCCACGCACCCAGGGCCAGGAGGUGAGCCUCAUCAACGAGGGCCCCCUGCCGCCCGGCUGGGAGAUACGCUACACGGCGGCGGGCGAGCGCUUCUUUGUGGAUCACAAUACGAGGCGAACCACCUUCGAGGAUCCGCGUCCGGGUGCGCCCAAGGGCGCAAAGGGCGUGUAUGGCGUUCCGCGUGCCUAUGAGCGCAGCUUCCGCUGGAAGUUGUCGCAAUUUCGAUACCUGUGCCAGAGCAACGCCCUGCCGUCGCAUAUCAAGAUAACUGUGACCCGACAGACGCUCUUCGAGGAUUCGUACCAUCAGAUAAUGCGUCUGCCCGCCUACGAGCUGCGCCGCCGCCUGUACAUAAUCUUCCGGGGCGAGGAGGGACUCGACUAUGGCGGCGUCUCCAGGGAGUGGUUCUUCCUGCUGUCGCACGAGGUGCUCAAUCCCAUGUAUUGCCUGUUCGAGUAUGCCAACAAGAAUAACUACAGUCUGCAGAUCAAUCCCGCCUCCUAUGUGAAUCCCGACCAUCUGCAGUACUUCAAGUUCAUUGGACGCUUCAUUGCCAUGGCCCUGUACCACGGGCGCUUCAUCUACAGCGGCUUCACGAUGCCCUUCUACAAGCGGAUGCUCAACAAGAAGCUGACCAUCAAGGACAUCGAGACGAUCGAUCCGGAGUUCUACAAUUCGCUCAUCUGGGUCAAGGACAACAAUAUCGAUGAGUGUGGCCUGGAGCUGUGGUUCAGCGUGGACUUCGAAGUCCUGGGCCAGAUAAUCCAUCACGAGCUCAAGGAGAAUGGCGAAAAGGAGCGCGUGAACGAGGAGAACAAGGAGGAGUACAUAACGCUUAUGACGGAAUGGCGAAUGACACGUGGCAUUGAGCAGCAGACUAAAACCUUCUUGGAGGGCUUCAAUGAGGUUGUGCCCUUGGAGUGGCUCAAGUACUUUGAUGAGCGCGAACUGGAGCUGAUCUUGUGCGGCAUGCAGGAUGUGGAUGUGGAGGACUGGCAGCGCAAUACCAUCUACAGGCACUACAAUCGCAACUCCAAGCAGGUCGUCUGGUUCUGGCAGUUUGUACGUGAAACGGACAACGAGAAGCGCGCCCGUCUGCUGCAGUUUGUGACGGGGACGUGUCGUGUCCCCGUGGGUGGCUUUGCCGAGCUGAUGGGCUCCAAUGGGCCGCAACGCUUCUGCAUUGAGAAGGUGGGCAAGGAGACGUGGCUGCCGCGCUCGCAUACGUGCUUCAAUCGAUUGGAUUUGCCGCCGUACAAAAGCUAUGACCAGCUGGUGGAGAAGUUGACCUUUGCCAUUGAGGAGACUGAGGGCUUCUGCCAGGAAUGAGUGGCAGUUGAUUUGUGGUCGGUUUGUUGAUUAAUGUUUAAUUCCAAUUGAGCGCCUGUCCCAUCCAUCCAUCCCCACCACCAUCCCCCCAUACAUACAUACAUGCACACACCCCCCCUCACCCUAUAUCCUUGUGAACCGAACGAACGUCCAAAUGUUGCGUUGAUAUAGUUACUGUUAUUAUUAUUACGUUUACGUUUACGUAUGUAUGAAUGUAUAUGUAUAUGUAUUACACACACACACACACACACACACAGCAGCAGAAGUAUUUAUGUAUGUAUGUCGUGUCGUGUGGUGUCGUGUCUAUAUAAUUCCUAUGUUCGCCUACCACCUAAAAAGAUCUGUAAUCUAUAAUCUAUAAUUGUUUACACCCGCCCACACCGCCUGCAAUCGCACCCCCGAAAGUGUUGAGUAUUUUGCCAUAAGAUUGCAACAACCCAAGCCCCCCCUUAUCACACUUGCUACUGAUCCCCCUCGCCACCACCUUGCUUCUAGUUCAAUUGUACAACGAGCCCUGGUCCCCUUGCCCCGCCCUUACUGCUGCCCCGUCCCCAUAAUUUUAAUGUAAAUAGUUUGACACGAGAAAAAAAUGGCAACAAUUGUUAGAGGAUGCGGGGGAAAUUCUUUGGGUUUACUAGCCGCCAAGGCAAAACUGUUUUUAACAUGUUCAAAUGUUUAACCACACCACAAAUACUAUAUAAAUAUAUAUAGAACUAUAUUUUAAAUAUAUAUAUCACCCACACAAACAAACAAACAAAUAAACAGACAGAGAGAGAGGAACACCGAAGAAGAAACACACCGCAAACAAAUAUGUUUAGGAUUUUUAACACACAGGCAAACAAAAUACACUUAACAAAUCAAUAAUAAUAAAUUCAAAUAGCAAUAAUUGUUGUUAACAAAAAGCUAAUAAAGUAGUGAAAGAAAAGGAGGAGAGGAGAGGACGCGAAACGGAUCAAAUGGCAGGCGAUGAUGCGUACACGUAUAUAUAAUAAUAAUAAUAGUAUAUAUAUAGAGAAUAUCCUCUUGGAAGGGGUUACUGAUUAUGAUUAUACUCGUCGUAUAUGUGAGCGUGAGCAAUCGGUAGUGGAAGCGAAUGGAAAUGUGUUGUAAAAGAGUUAAUUGUGGUACGGAUUACAUAUUAUAUAUAGAUA